AUGAUACGCAACGGUCUGGAUACGGUCCGUGGUUUCCGGAACCAUCUGCGGUAUUGGAUGAGUGUCCGGGAUUGUUAUGGUUCCAUCAACCUGAUGGUAGCCAUUGCCUUUGGUCUUGGCAUCACUCCGUUCCUCGUUCGAAGGAAUACCCAUGGCGAGAGUUCCCUGGAGCAAUCCUGGUAUGGUUUCCUCAAUGCCAUCAUCCGGUGGCUGCUCCUCGCCUACUGCUAUGUCCACAUCAACCUGAACGAUGAGAGUCUCAUUGGUUAUUUCAUGAGUAACCAUGUCUCCAAGGUCAGCACUCGGAUGCAUGAUAUCGGUGGGAUUAUAGUGGCCAUAUUCAUCUUCAUUGUGCCUUUAUUGCUGCGGAAGUACUUCCUGAGAUCGGUUUACACCAUGAACGAGGUGGAUCAACGAUUGGAGAGACUCAGGUGUCCGGUGAACUUCCACGCGGUCGUGGGUCUGGUGAUUCUGGUCAUAUCAUUAGUUGUCCUUUUGGAUGCUUUCCUGUUGACCACCUGCCUGGUCUGUCUUUCCAAAAUGGAUGUACAUGCCUCCUGGCAGCUGACUUUUAUACUUAUUUUCGAACUUAUGGUGACCUCGAUUACCAUUUGCAUGUUCUGUCUGAUGACGAGGUCGGUCCAGAGGCGAAUAGGUUGUCUCCACAAGGUAUUGAAAAACCUUGCGCAUCAAUGGGACUCACGGUCCAUAAAGGCAGUUACCCAAAAGCAACGAUCACUCCAGUGUCUGGACUCCUUUUCUAUGUACACCAUUGUAACCAAGGAUCCUGCUGAGAUUAUUCAAGAAUCCAUGGAGAUACAUCAUUUGAUUUGCGAAGCAGCUGCAACGGCCAACAAAUAUUUCACCUAUCAACUAUUGACCAUUAUAUCCAUAGCUUUUCUCAUCAUCGUUUUCGAUGCUUACUAUGUCCUGGAAACUUUGCUGGGCAAAUCGAAGCGUGAAAGUAAAUUCAAGACAGUGGAAUUUGUAACGUUCUUCUCUUGCCAAAUGAUCUUGUACCUGAUUGCCAUAGUUUCAAUUGUCGAGGGCAGUAAUCGAGCUAUAAAGAAAAGUGAGAAAACUGGUGGCAUAGUGCACUCACUUUUAAAUAAAACCAAAAGUGCAGAGGUCAAGGAAAAGCUACAGCAAUUUUCCAUGCAAUUAAUGCAUUUGAAAAUUAACUUUACAGCUGCGGGACUAUUUAAUAUUGAUCGCACAUUGUAUUUUACGAUCAGUGGUGCCUUGACCACCUAUCUCAUCAUCUUGCUGCAAUUCACAUCCAAUUCCCCAAACAAUGGCUAUGGAAAUAGUUCCUCCUGCUGCGACACCUACAAUAAUAUGACGAAUCAUACACUAUAG